AACACCCGGUAUUAUGGGGAUAAUUUGGAUAAGAGUGGACAAAGUAUGCUCUAGCUUUGAUAUACGUGCCAAUGUGAAGUUUAUGAAUGAAACGAAAGAACAAAACAUCUAUGUAAUCCUCUGCACGUGAGUAAUCGCGCGCUCGUCACGUGACGUGACUGUCGUUUGCAGUCAUGGCCGACGACUACAGACGAAGCGUCGAGCUGGAAAGGAGGAUUUUUGAGUUAGAUAACAAGUGUGCCACUCUUCGGACGGAGAAACCAGAUGAUGACUACUUACAGAAUGCAUCUUCCAUACUAGACAAGUUGAAAAACUAUUAUAGACAUGGAGGAGAGAGCAGCAGCCUCCCUAAACUGCUGCAGGAUUAUACACAGGUUGUCUUGGACAUUACAUUCUAUGAGGAAAACAGGCUUGUAGAUCAGGAGUUUCCUGAGGACACUUCCCCUUUCAAAAUCCAGCAGUUGCUACAGGACUUGACAGAGCCAGAAGUGUUAGCUGGCCGACUGGUACCUUCACAAGAGGUGCAGUCUGUGCUGGGGCUGGAGCUGCUGGAGUGCCUAUACUGGAGGCGUGGGGCAUUAUUAUAUAUGUACUGCCACACACUACACCAACGCAAGCAAUGGAUCAAGAAGAACAAAGCCACAUUCCUUAAGUGUCUUCAAGAAGGUGUGCGUUACCUUAUGAGAAUGUUGCAAGUGAGGAACUCAGUCAAGCUGAACGAUGGUGUGGUUUUUCAUGACUCUGCAACCGCCAAUUUUCUGGCAGAAGGUAUCUUUUCUGAUACUCACUUGCUUACAAUGAUGUACAUUGGUGAGAUGUGUUUCUGGGCAGUGAAAUAUGAGGACUGCAGCAUGGACACCACAGAGCGCAAAGAGGACAGGCUUCAUUUCCGAGAUAUUGGCACACAAAUCCUCCAUAAGUACGUGCUGGCAUGUGAGGGGCCACUUCAGGGUCAGGGCUGGAACACAGAGAAUGCCAAGGAGAUCCUUAGUAUUUUACAGUAAACCUGAAGAGAGCUUUUAGGAGAGGUUCACAAAAUGUCAUUGUUCUGAAGCUAGCAAAAAAAUAAAUAAAAAAGUAAAAACACAAACAAACAAAAAAGAUUAAAAAAGAAAAUACUGAAAACAAAAAAGGCACUUAUCUUCCGGUCCAGAUUUGUUUUCUGGAUGUGUGUUUUCGCUGAGAAUGUGGAAUAAUACUUCUAAUGUAAAAUAUAAACAAAUAACUAUUUGUUUAAGAAAACAAAAAUUCCAGCUGAGAAACAUCACAACUUUUUAUUUAUUUUAAUUUUUAUUUAUUUAUUUUUAAUUAAUUACAUUUAUAUAUGUUAAAAGAAAUGGUACAAAGGAGGGGAAAAUGCAGGUAUAUGUUGCAUAUUUAAGUAUUUGUGACCAUUUUUAAGUAUGGACAUUUUCUUUUUAAUAACAUCUCUUUGUAUUUCUGCUCACUUAUUAAAAGUUGCAUCUUUAUUCCUUUCAUUGACCAGAUGUAAUGUUCAGAGAUGGGAAUUUGGAUAUUUUGAUAGUAUACUUUUAAAAAGCUAAACUUUUUGGUCAUAUUCUUUUUAAAAUGAAGUUCAUUUUUUUGUUUUUUAUGUCUUCAUUGAAAUAAAUUUUGGGUUAAGAAAUGUUGAAAUGUGAAUGUGUGAGUGAUAUUUUGGUUGUUACACCAAAUGAGUGUUAAUAGAUACAAGAUGCUGAUUCUGAUUUAGUCUGUUCCCAGCAAUUAUCAAAAGGUCUUCAGCUAAAUUUCUGGUUGUACCUGUAUUUUUUUACUCCUGUUACUAAACUUUUAAGAUAUAGUAAAAACUACCUUUCAUUUCAGUCGUCAGUUUUGGGGUUACCGGCAACACUACAUAAUGUUUGUGGCCUUUUAACCUAAUUCUGUUGAUGUUGAACCAAAAUAAAUCAUGUGCUUAUCCAAAGUAAACUUUCACACAAAAGAUAA